GUGUGUGUGUGUAAGCGCGUGCGUUCUCUGUGAAGCGGGAUAGCUCAAUGCAUUGGUUUGGCUUUGGUUUCAAUGGCUUUGGUCAGAUUAGCCAGGCAGAUGUGAGCGGACAGACUGUGAAGUGUAACGUGAACACACCAGUCCUGCUAUCAGAGAUGUGUAGAUCGUGUGUGAUCAGAUCAGACUGUAGAGUCAGAGGCAGCUGGAGCUCCAGAGCUGAUGUGCAUCACACAGACUGUGGCAGUCAUGUGUGUGUGUCAGGGUUCGUGUCUGGUUCAUCAGAGGUUCGUGGAGGCAUUUUUCCAGAGAGUCUGGGCUGCACAGACGCUCUCAUCAGUGAAAGAUACCUGACACUCAACUUCACAGACCGAGUGGAAUGCUGGGAAAUCCAGCACCCACAAAACAAGCUUGUGUGGAAGAGAGAGCAGGACCUCUCUGACAACACCGGACAUCUUGUUACGCUGCCGUUGGUGUCAGGCGGGUACGUCACACCCAAAACCCCUUUUUUCCGUCCUCUCUGCUCUGACCUCUGUGCCGUGAGCCUGGCGUUGGGCUCUGAGCACGCUGUGCUGCUGACGUCAGACGGGACUGUGUACUCCUGGGGGUCUGGAAGUCACGGUCAGCUGGGUCACGGCGCUCUGACGUCACAGGAGGAACCUCAGGUGCUGGAGGCGCUGUGGGGCGUCCCGAUCAGAGCAGUGUCUGCUGGGAACUGGCACUCCGCUUCCAUCAGCACUGGUGGCGACCUGUAUAUGUGGGGAUGGAAUGAGAGCGGGCAGCUCGGUCUGCCCUCUAGAGGCCUGGAGGAGGAAAAGCUCAGAGGAAAAAGCUGUGGAAACACUGAGCAGCCCAUAAAUGAAGAUGAAAAGAAGCAAGCGGAUGUGUUUAUUUCUAUUCAAGCGUUCCCUGCUCUGGUGGACGUCCCUAAUGUGUUAGAGAUCAGCAGGAUCAGCUGUGGAUCGCGUCAUACAGCAGCCGUCAGCGGUACAGGGGAUCUGUACACUUGGGGAUGGGGCCAUUAUGGACAACUGGGACAUGGCACUGAAAAUAGCACAGAUGAGCCAACACUGGUGGAUUACUUCGCUAGCCAUCGAAUGUGUGUUAAGGAUGUUGUCUGUGGCUUAUGGAACACUUUUGUGUCUGCUGUGCCAAAAGAACAACCUCCAUCCCGACAGGAAUAGACUGUUUCAGAGUGCCAUAUAAAUACAGCGAUGUCAAAGUCACAGAAUUAGAGUUUAUUAAAUUAGGUACAAAUAUAUGAUUCAAAAUACAGGAUAUAAAGUAGAUUUCUUUUCUUUUAACAGAGUAAGUCAAAUGUUUUUAAACAUAUAAAUUGUAGAAAUACUGAACAAGAAUAUACAUUCACAAUUAGGUCGCUACAUUAUUGACAGACCAAAGGCACAGGUGAAAAUUCUGGACCGGAAAACAGCUUCCGUUCUGUGUAAACUUCACAACACAAUCUUGAAUGAACUGCAAAAGAACAUUCUCAGUCAGUGAGGAGAAAUCAGGAGAAAUGCUGCCUUCAAGUCUUGGGAAGAAGACUUUUGAAACUUUGGGAAAUUUCAUAAUUUUCUCACUUCUCAACAAAAACAGGACACUUUUUUCGCACUAACAAAAGUGCAAAAGAUGUGAAUUAGGUGUGUAAUUGAUGCUGUAAGCAUUUUAUAAUUCUUGUGCUGUAAUAAAGAAUGAUGAAAAAUGUAAUUUGGUCGUGUAAGC